AUGUCAUUUAGGCUGAAGAAUGCCAGAGUAAUGUACAAGAGGCUCGUAAACAAGAUUUUCAAAGAGCAGAUCAGCAAGACUAUGGCUGUCUACGUAGAUGACAUGCUAGUCAAAGUUCCCCGACGAGCAGAUCACAUCAAGAAUCUUACUGAAGCAUUCAGACUGUUCCGAAAAUACCACAUGAAGUUGAACCCUAGCAAGUGCACAUUUGGAGUCUCAUAUGGCCAAUUUUCGGGAUGCGUAUCGCAAAAAGGAAAGGAUAAGAAUCUUUCCAGCUGUCUCGCUGAGAAAGUUAUCAAGCAAGAAAUUGACAUGAUAUUGGUGUUUGACUUGGAUUUAAGUAUAAUCAGUGACGAGAUUCUCUUGAAAGUCCUUGAGCUUCCUAUAUUGGUGGUGCUGGAUGAGGCAUAUAUUGAGUUUUCAGGCCUCGAAUCGAGGUUGCAAUGGGUGAAAAAGUAUGAAAAUCAGUGUGUGAAAAAGUAUGAAAAUUUAAUUGUUCUUCGGACAUUUAGCAAACGAGCUGGUGUUCUUUAA